AUGUUAAAAAAUUUUAAACUAUUAACUGGAUACAAUUUAGUAAUUGACAUUGACGAUGACUAUGAAAAAUAUCUUACAUACUUAUAUGAAAAUAAUAAAAAUUUUAAACACAUAAGUAAGGAAACUUUUGAAAAUUCUUUGCUUACAAACUUUAGAAGUAUUAUUGACGAUUUAGUUAAUGAAUUUGUCAAUCCAAAAUUUGAACUUCUAUGUAAAGAAAAAAAUUUGAAAUUAAGUAACAUAAGAACAUCUUUAUUAAAUAGUAAAAAAAACUUUAAUAUGAAUUCAAGUAAAGACAAAUUACGAUAUGAAGAAAAACAGGUUCGAUUAUAUUUAAACAGAAAAGAUGUGAUCUUAAAAAACUUUGAAAGUGAAUAUGAUUUUAAUGUGUAUGUAAUAAAAGUUUGCAAACCUUUUAUACCAAAUGUUAUACACUAUAAUCAUAUUAUAGAUGAUAUAUGUUUUGAACAUUUGCCUAUUGAAGAUAACAAAGGAAAUGUAAUGUUUGCUGAUAGUUAUGGUUUUAUACAUCAUUAUUCAGAUUAUAAGUUAUGUGAUAAUGAUGAAACAUCACUAUUGAAAGUUAUACUAUUAGCAUUAGUUUAUGCUUGCAUUUAUACUGAAAUUAAUUGUCAAUUAAUCAGUACUUUAUGUUAUUGCAUACGCAUAAUGUUCAGAAUAAAUAAAUGGAUUUACAAUAGUAUAAUUGAUCCACUCUUCAAGUCAAUUGGUAAUAAUCUUCAGAGAAUUUACCAACUACUAACAAAAAAAAAAUCAACUGAAGAAGAAAACAACGAAAGGUACAGUAAAAAUAAUUUAGGAAUUCCUAUUACUGAAGAAAUAGUAAAUUAUCGAGCUAAUAAUCAUUUGUUAUAUGAUAUAAGUUUAAAAUUAUCAGCUAAUGGUUAUAAUUUAUCUAAUACAGAUUUACCAUUGAAAAAUAUUAAUUAUGAUAUAAUAAUUGAUAAUGAAGGAAAAAAUAAUGAAGAUGAUCUAAAACUUCUACAACUUUAUAUUUCCAAUGCAAAAAAAGAACAAAUUAAUGCUUUUAAUUUUUUUAAACUUAUACUUAAUGCAGAUAGAGAAUAUAAAGUAAUGAUGAUAGAAGGUCCAGCAGGUACUGGAAAAACAUAUGUUUAUCAAAUGAUUUCAACAUAUUUAAGAACUGAAGGUAAAAAAUAUGUAAAUUUAGCAUCAACUGGAAUAGCAGCUUCAUUACUACCAGAAGGACAAACUGUACAUUCAUUUUUAAAAAUGCCUUUAAAUAUAAAUAAAAAAGAUUAUGUUGUUGAUAAAAAAUCAAUUCGAACAAUGACUGAAUCAGAUAUUUUCCGAUUAAAAAAUGCAUCUGCUAUUUUUAUUGACGAAGUAUCAAUGUUAAGUAAAAAACAACUUCAAUAUAUUGAUAUGGCAUUACAAAAAAAUACUAAAAAUUAUAAUUGUCCUUUUGGUGGAAAAGUCAUUGUCUUAGGUGGUGAUUUUCGACAAUGUUUACCUAUUUCGGAUUCAUCAACUACUGCAGAGAUAAUAGCAUCAACAAUAUUAUCAUCCAAAUAUUUUACCAGUGAAAAUCAAGUAAAAAGAAUAUUUUUAACUGAAAAUAUGAGAGUUGGACAUGGAGAAAGUGAUUUUGCUCAAUUUUUAUUACAAAUUGGUAAUGGUGAAACAUACAACUCAUCAGUUUCAUAUACAUUAGAUGGUAGAAUGGAUAAUCAUAGAUUUAUUACAAUUCCUAAAGAAAUGAUAUUUGAUAAUGAUGAUAAUCAAUUCAUUGAAUAUGUAUUUGGAAAAACAAAGUAUGAUAUUUCAAAAAAUAAAAAUUCCGCAAUAUUAGCGUCAACAAAUAAUGUCGUUAACAAUAUAAAUGAAAAAAUAUUAAAUAAAUAUUUUCAUAAAAAUAUGCAAAAAACAUAUUUAUCAAAUGAUAAUUUAUAUUUUCAAGAUGAUUUUCAAAAAAAUGCCAAUGAAUUAGAAAUUGAUUCUGAUGAUUUAAAUACAUUUAAUCCAUCUGGAUAUCCACUACAUGAAUUAAAAGUUGCUAAAGGGUGUGUUUUAAUAUGCCUUAGAAAUUUAGAUAUAAAAGAAGGAUUAUGUAAUGGAACAAGAAUAAUUUAUAAUGAAACUAUUGAAACAGCUGAUGGAACACAAAAGUUGUUAAAAUGUAUGUCGUUAGAUGGAAAGAAAACAUUUCUUAUUCCAAAAAUAAUACAUACUCCAGUUGAUUUAAAAAUACCCAUUCCCUUUACGAGAUAUCAAUAUCCAGUAAAACUUGGAUUUUGCAUUACAAUUAAUAAAUCACAAGGACAAACAUUAGAAAAUGUUGGUCUUUAUCUUGAGGAAAGCUUAUUUGCACAUGGGCAAUUAUAUGUAGCUUUGAGCCGAGUUAGAUCAGCAUCUAAAGUCAAAGUAAAAUGGGCGUACGAACAAUCUCCAAAUAGAAAGGGGAAAAUAAAAAAUGUUAUUAUUAAAAACCUUAUACAAUUAGCCACGAACCCAAUACAGCAAAUAUCUACUUCAUAA